UUAUCACUCCUCUAACAACUGUAACAACGGAAACAACUGAAACAACGGAACCCCGGAACUACAGAAACAAUUCCUGUUACUACUACUACAAUAACUACACCAGUAAUCGAAGUUAUAAAUACUACGACGGAACACCUUUUAUCACUACAUUAACAACGGAAACGACGACUGAGACUACAGAAACCACCAUAGUUAUCACUCCUAUAACAACUAUAACAACUGAAACGACUGAAACAACGGUAACCACGGAAACUACAGAAACAAUUCCUAUUACAGUAACUAUACCAAUAAUAGAAAUUAUAAAUACAACUACGGAAACACCCUUUAUUACUACAGAAGCCACAGUUGAAAUUACACCCGUUUUUAUUUCUCCAACAUUUACAACUGAAACAAUACCAAUUAUUGUAACUGAAAUAACGGAAACUACAUUUCAUAUUAUCGAAAUUGUGAAUGUAACAACAGAAAUGCCUAUUGUCACGGUAGAAACACCUGAGAUUACAACGUAUCCUAUUGUUACAACUGAAACUACUCCAUUUGUUAUAACAACUGAAACCACUUUUUCUGUCAUCAUGGAAAUUAGCACAUCUCCUAUUGAAAUUAUAAAUGUGACUACCGAACGACCUUUGAUUACUACUGAAACUAUAGAGACCACCACUGAGUCUGUUAUUGUAACAACAGAAAUUACUGAAACAACUUUUUCUGUCAUCAUGGAACUUACUACACCUAUUAUUGAAGUUAUAAAUACAACUACCGAAACAACAGAAACUAUUACUACUGAAACUACAGAACCCACAACUGAAUUUGUAAUUAUAACAACUGAAACAACGGAAACUACAUUCCAUGUUAUUGAAGUUACGAAUAUAACUAUUGAAACUCCAUUUAUCACAACAGAAACAACAGAAACUACAACAAAAUAUCCAGAUAUUACAACAGAAACUACGCCAUUUAUUGUAACAACCGAAACUACUUUUUCUGUCAUCGAAACAAUUCCUGUUACUACUACUACAAUAACUACACCAGUAAUCGAAGUUAUAAAUACUACGACGGAAACACCUUUUAUCACUACAUUAACAACGGAAACGACGACUGAGACUACAGAAACCACCAUAGUUAUCACUCCUAUAACAACUAUAACAACUGAAACGACUGAAACAACGGUAACCACGGAAACUACAGAAACAAUUCCUAUUACAGUAACUAUACCAAUAAUAGAAAUUAUAAAUACAACUACGGAAACACCCUUUAUUACUACAGAAGCCACAGUUGAAAUUACACCCGUUUUUAUUUCUCCAACAUUUACAACUGAAACAAUACCAAUUAUUGUAACUGAAAUAACGGAAACUACAUUUCAUAUUAUCGAAAUUGUGAAUGUAACAACAGAAAUGCCUAUUGUCACGGUAGAAACACCUGAGAUUACAACGUAUCCUAUUGUUACAACUGAAACUACUCCAUUUGUUAUAACAACUGAAACCACUUUUUCUGUCAUCAUGGAAAUUAGCACAUCUCCUAUUGAAAUUAUAAAUGUGACUACCGAACGACCUUUGAUUACUACUGAAACUAUAGAGACCACCACUGAGUCUGUUAUUGUAACAACAGAAAUUACUGAAACAACUUUUUCUGUCAUCAUGGAACUUACUACACCUAUUAUUGAAGUUAUAAAUACAACUACCGAAACAACAGAAACUAUUACUACUGAAACUACAGAACCCACAACUGAAUUUGUAAUUAUAACAACUGAAACAACGGAAACUACAUUCCAUGUUAUUGAAGUUACGAAUAUAACUAUUGAAACUCCAUUUAUCACAACAGAAACAACAGAAACUACAACAAAAUAUCCAGAUAUUACAACAGAAACUACGCCAUUUAUUGUAACAACCGAAACUACUUUUUCUGUCAUCGUGGAAAUUAGCACAUCUCCUAUUGAAAUUAUAAAUGUGACUACCGAACGACCUUUGAUUACUACUGAAACAAUAGAAACCACUACUGAGUCUGUAAUUGUAACAACAGAAAUUACUGAAACAACUUUUUCUGUCAUCAUGGAACUUACUACACCUAUUAUUGAAGUUAUAAAUACAACUACCGAAACAACAGAAACUAUUACUACUGAAACUACAGAAUCCACUACUGAGUUUGUAAUUAUAACAACUGAAACAACGGAAACUACAUUCCAUGUUAUUGAAGUUACGAAUAUAACAAUAGAAACUCCACUUAUUACAACAGAAACAACAGUGACUACAAUAAAAUAUCCAGUUAUUACAACAGAAACUACGCCAUUUAUUGUAACAAAUGAAACAACGGAAACUACGUUACAUAUUAUUGAAGUUACAAAUAUAACUAUAGAAACUCCAUUUAUCACGAUAGAAACAACAGAGACUACAAUGAAAUAUCCAGUUGUUACGAUAGAAACUACUCCAUUUAUUGUGACAACUAAAACAACUGAAACUACAUUACAUAUUAUUGAAGUUACGAAUAUAACAAUAGAAACUCCAACACCUACAGAAACACCAGAGAUUACAAUUGUAUAUCCAACAGUUUUCAUAACAACUGAAACAACUUCUUCUGUUUUAGUAGAAAUCACCACCCCCAUCAUCGAACUUAUAAAUGUGACUACCGUAACUCCGUUCAUUACUACCGAAACCAUAGAAACUACUACUGAAUUAGUAGUUACUACAGUAGAAUAUCCUGUUAUAACUACUACACCAACGAUAAUGCCUUGGGAAAUUACCACUCCGUAUCCUGUAAUCGAAACAGUUACUACAACUGUCACUCCAGAAACCACAACUGAAGUAACAGAAACAAUGUAUGAAAUAUAUGAAGAAUAUGAAGAGGAAGAAACAGUCAGCCCAGUUUGGGAAGAAUACGUAGAAGAAACAACAGAGACUACAACGAAAUAUCCUGUUAUUACCAUAGAAACCACUACUGAAUCUAUAAUCACCACACCGACACCACCAAUCGAAACCACCACGAAAGAAGUUAUUAAAGUAGAAGUAACAAUACCUAAAGUAGAUGUUAAUAUAACGACGCCUUUUAUACCGAUUCCUGAAAUCGUUUCUACUCCACCGUUAUUUACAACAUUUACAUAUACUUUAGCACCUACUUUGGAAUUCACUACGGAAUCCUUGCCAUUCGAAUAUGAAGAUAAUAUUACUGAUAUAGUUUUUACUCCUUUUAUACCUCCACCUACCACAAAACCAAUUAUAAUUAUAACUCCUUUAAUUAUAACUCCGACUAUAACAUUAACUACUCCGACUAUAACAUUAACUACUCCGACUAUAACAUUAACUACUCCGACUAUAACAUUAACUACUCCGACUAUAACGUUAAUUACUCCGAUUAUAACGUUAACUACUCCGAUUAUAACAUUAACUACUCCAACAUUAACUACUCCAACAUUAACUACUCCGACUGUACCGUUAAUUACACCAACUAUAACAUUAACUACUUUGACUGUAAUUACUCCGGAAAAAAUCACUCCCAUGCCAACCACAAGACAAAAGAUGAUGAAGGCUUAUGUUGCUACUAAAGCAAUAGAAGCUUUACACGAAAUAACACAAACGACCAUCGGUGAGCCUGCAAUUGCUAUCGAUACGACAAGACCCAAAAUAAAAAUGAUAACUCUUUCUCCCUUUUUGACGACCGAUGCGUUUGAGAAAAGGCUUAGAAUGUUAGAGAUAGAAUUUUGGGAGAGAGAAAAAUGGUUAAAGGAGUUAGAAAGGAGAUUAAUGGAAAGAGAGAAAAGAUUCAAGAAAGAUCAGGAAGAUUUUGAAAAGUUAGUAAGAGAAAUGGAAGAGAUGUUGAAGAAAGGAGAAGAAAUAUCAUGGCCACCUAAAACUUCUGAACCAACAGAAACAAUACGAGAUUGUUGUUUGCGUACGACGCCACCUUUCUCGCCACUUCCACCUACGGAAAGGACAACGAUCGAUAUUAGAGAACCAACUAUUACACCUAAAAAAGACACUACUAUAAGAACUACUAUCACUGAAAAAGAGAAAGAAAUAGAAGAAGAAACAGUGACCAAAGAAACAGUAACUGAAGAAACAGUGGAAAGAUUGACGCCGAAAAGAUUUGUGACAACGAAGAAAUGUGUAACUGUUUUAAGAUCAAAAGUUGUGGGUAAAGGCAUGGUAACCGAACGAGUUUGCGUACCAUAUGUUCUAAGUAAGGAAGAAGAGGGAAAAACGAAAAUUGCGACGUUGCAUCUUGAGGAACACGAGUGGACAGAAGGUCCAUUUAUAACGGAUUAUGUGACACCACAGACGGAGACCGAGGAAUACGAGAAUGAAAAUAAAGAAUCAAUCGAGCAGAAUCGAAUUAAGCGAAAUAUCGGCGAGAAAAAUGCUGUUUGCCUCAAUUAUCAAUUGUACAAUUUUACUAAUCGUUGUAAGAUGACGACGAGACGAAUACGAUACGUUCGAAAUAAGGAUAAAGAUGAAAAGACAAAAAUUGUCGUAUUGCAUCUCAAGGAGCACGAGUGGACCGAAGGUCCAUUUAUAACGAAUUAUGUAACACCGCAGACCGAAAUCGAGGAGGUUGAUCAUGAAGAAGUAAUAGAGCGUGAACGAUUUACACCAGAUAUUGACGAAGAAAAAACUGUUUAUCCUGAUUAUCCACUGUACAAGAUUACCGAUGAUAAGACGAAAACGACCCAAACACCAAGCCAAGACGAAGAAGAAAAAACAAAACUUUUUGCGUUGCGUCUUAAGGAGCACGAGUGGACGGAAGGUCCGUUUACCGAUUAUGUGACACCGCAGACGGAAAUCGAGAAAAACGAGAAUGAAAAUAAAAGAUCGAUCAAGCAGAAUCGAUUUAAGCGAAACAUUAACGAGAAAAAUGCAUUGACAAAGAGUUUAACGAUUACUGAAGCAUCGAGAAUCAAAUCUACAGGAAAAAUGAAUUGGAAAAUUGAUAAUAAUAGGUAUAAAGUUCGAUCGAUGUUGCAAAUUAUUGAAGAUGAAGAAGUAGAAAAUGAUGAGAGAGAUAAUGAUGAGAUAAUAGUGAAGCAAGACGAACGGAAUAAUGGAAUUUAUGAUUAUGAGAAUCAAAUUGAAAGAAAUCUGAGACAAGAAGAGGCUACUGAACCAUGGGAAAAUCAAGAGGAUGAAGAAAUAGAAGAAACUACGGUACCAGAGGAAGAAGUAAUUGAAACACCAAUGAUAUAUACACCAGAAGAAGAAAAACCACCCAAGAAAAUUCACGAAGAUGAAGAAGAAGAAGAAGAAACAACAACUGAAGAAGAAAAAACCAGACAUCCACCUGGACCAGAAUGGCCGACAGAACCUUUAACCAAUUACCAUGUGGGUGGCACUAGAACCUGGACGCUAGAAUAUCCAGAAGAGAAGCCAUACAAGCCAGAGGAUGAAGAAGAAGAGGAUUUCAAAAGGGUUGGCAAACGGCCAGAAAAAACAACUUGUUAUUAUGUUGUUCUUACUAAAGAUAAAAAAAGACGUGAAAGUUUUGAGAGAGAUUAUGACAAGAAAAAUAGCUUUGAAUCAUCCUUGAAGAAAAAUAUUCCAAAGGCAAAUGAGGAAUAUGCCAGAUAUAGAUAA